AUGGGGUACCUGUUUGUGUCUGUUGGAGGAUGCGUCCUGGCCGUCGUCACAAUGGGCAUCUACAGUUCGCUUCUCUUCACCUCCACCUUGGUCUUCAUUCUGCUGGUGUGCUCUGUGGAUCCCAGCUGUGUCCACAUCUGGGUGUUUGGCAUCCAGAUGUUGUGGCAAACCUUCUGGCACCUGCUUAUACAGUACAGGGAAUACUACCUGCACGAGCCCGUCAGCAUCAGAUUGUUUUUGGCCGUGUCCUGUUUGAUGCUGCUCACUCAGAGAAUCACCUCCGUGUCCAUGGACCUCCAGGAGAAACGAGUUCAUCUGACAUUCAGCUCUUCGGCCAAAAGGAAGGCGUGUGUGACGCUUCUCCCCCUCCUCAGCUACCUCCUCAGCUUCACCACACUGCUCGGAGGCCCUUUGUGCUCCUACAGCCGAUUCGUGUCCUCAAUGGCGGGGCUCGGCCUGAACCCGCCACCGAAUCCACUGGGUGCAGUCUUCUUUAAAUUGAUGCAGGUGUUACUGCUGGAGUUGGUACGGUACCGUCUUGUCCAUUUCCUGAGCACCUAUGAUCCUUCCAACUCAAUCCCUCUCUAUGGCAUCCUCUGGGUUUUGGGUCUGGCGUUGAGUUUGAGGAUCCAAUAUUAUUCUCACUGGAGGAUCAGUGAAUGCCUCAACAACGCAGCUGGGUUUGGCUUUUGGGCACAUGCGCCGGGAGCCUCCCCAGACUGGAGCGGACUAUCCGAUGGAGAUUUCUGGGCCAUCGAAGCGUCGAGCCGCAUGUCCGAGUUUUCCCGGCGAUGGAACGCCACGACGGCGUCGUGGCUGCGUCGACUGGUUUACAGAAGGUGCAAACGUUUCCCGUUGUUCAUGACUUUUGGCUUCUCACUGUGGUGGCACGGUUGUCAUUUCGGUCACUUUGUGGGAUUUUUGACCUGGGCAGCAACGGUGAAAGCAGAUUAUCAUAUACACAGAUACCUGCACCCACAACCUUCAUCAGUGUGGAGGAAAAUAUACACUUGUUUAAGCUGGAUUAACACUCAAAUGACGGUUGCUUGUAUCGUUACAGCAGUAGAAUUCAGAGAUAUGUCUGGUUUGAGACUUUUGUCUCUAACAUACAUCGGUCUGUUUCCCCUUUUCAACAUAAUUCUGCUCUUUAUGUUAUUAAAGCUCAAUGCAGUUUAG